AUGAACAAUAACCAAGCUGGUCGUUUGUUAAGUCUUUUAUGUGGAAUUAAUUGGACUCGCCAAAAGGCUGUGGUCUUAAAUAUACCUCGGACUCGUGAUGUUGGUUUUGCCCUGGCCACUAUUUUCAACUUCCCGAGAGAAGAAGAUAGUACUAGGGUGACGCUCGACUGGGUGCUGAAGUGUCUGAAAAGUUAUCAGAAUUGCAAUGAUGAUGUUUGGGGCACCGCGUUUCUCGAGACUGUAGUGUUCAACGUGCUCAAUAUUGGGGACAAAGUUGAGUGCACCGAUGAAGUUCGAGACUAUCUUUGCAGGUUGGGUAGUCAAGAAACCCUGUUUGUCUCCCUGCUAGAGUUGCUUCCAGACCCGUAUUCCCUGGUGGGAAAAGAGCUGAGAGAUGUGUGGAAACUGGUUGAUGAUUCGAACGGGACUUGCAGGACAGCUUUGGUGCCUCAACUGGACCCGCAGGCUUUCCAAUUAAGAAGCACCGACAAUCAAUUUCUCGCCUUCGCACUGCCGUCACGCAUCAAAGCCAAAGCCAAAGCCGCCUUUUUAAGUUCUCCUGUCGCCGGCUUGCGCGUUACCAUAAAAGACAAUAUCCAUCUCAAGGGAAUCAAGACUUCGGUAGGCAAUCCAGCGUUUUUCGAUACGUAUACUGUGCGCCAGGAAUCCGCAGAAUUCAUUCAGAAAUUACUUGAUGGAGGAGUUUCUGUGGUUGGCAAGAGCAAGAUGAAUUCAGGCACCAUGGAAUCCUCGCGCAGAUGGCUAUGA